CGCAAUGAUGUUAACGAAGGAUUUAUUAAUUUGAAUGUUCAUCUAUUUUAGGAAAAUUUCAUGUGAUAAUUACUGGCAUUUCUAUGUUGAACAACUAGAGAUAAAAGACUAUGGAAAACUGGACAAGUGUUUUGGAAGCCCUCGACUUGGAUGCUUACGAUUUGCCAAACAAUUUUUCCAUGGAUGAUUUACUGAAGGCUGCAGUGCAGUAUGAUGACGCUGGACACUGGUUUGACUCCAGCGCUGAACUCUUUCUCAUCCUCUCCUUCAGUAUCGUCAUCGUGUUCGGGAUUACUGGAAACAUAGCCGUCGUUGCCGUAAUAUGCAGAAACGGCAAUUUAAAGUCAUCACGGAACCUCUACAUCUUGAAUUUAUCCGUCUCCGAGAUCUUGGCUUGCAUAUUUUGCAUGCCCUUUCUGUUGAUCCGGAUGACUCUGAAGAACUGGAGUCUAGGGACUGUGUUGUGCAAGAUGGUCCCCACUCUUCAGGCGACCUAUGUGUUUGUGUCUACUCUGACCAUUGUUUCUAUUUCCAUGAAUCGCUACAAAUCCAUAGUGUGUUCCAUCACGAAUAACCAACACAAGCACAGGACUAACAUAAUUAUUCCUAUGAUUUGGAUCAUCUCCCUUAUAAUGUCUGUUCCCGCUUGCCUUACCCACCAGAUCGAACACGUCCCGGGGGUGUCUGGGAACAUUAUGUAUUCGAUCUGCAUUGAACACUGGAGUAACGAUACGCUGCUGAGGAUCUACACGGUGACCUUGCUGGUCAUCCAGUACAUAUCCCCGGCUUUGGCCAUCGUCGUCCUGCAUGUGCUCAUCUGCAGGUUCCUGGGCACGCGGAUCGACUCCCAGCAGACGUCUUUCCACGAAGUUAACCGUGCGAAACGAAACAUGGUCAGACACAAGAAGAACAUGUUGCUGCUGACGAGCAUCGCAGCUCUGUUUAUGAUAACCUGGCUGCCUCUGACACUCAUAAAUAUCUUAGCAGACAUGGAUCAAGGAAUCUUUCAGGGAACCGAUUUCCGUCUCCUGCACUCUGUGGGCGUGUUGAUAGCCCUGUGUUCCGUGUGCAUCAACCCAGUGGUGUACGGAUGGUUCAACACGAACUUCAGACGCGAGCUGAGCACGUGGAAGAUAUUCAAGCCGUUCAAACCGUUAGCCUCGUGCAAAAUAUUCAAGUAUGACGCGAGAGAGGACCCAAUGCAGGAGUCCAAGUAUGACACCGACUAUGCCAGUAUGUGUCGAACGACGCGGGUGACGCAGAUGUGAGAUGUGCCUCUUGGACAGCAAACAAUGCUUCUGACAAUUAGGAGAACGAUAGAAUCGUUUGCGUGUCGCUGGCUCAGGUCUAGCUUCGCGUAACCGAUGUUUCGUUCGCGUAUUAAAUUUUAGAACAUCAUUGACAUUUUCAUAACGGGUUUCCUGAAUUUGUGUUUUUUUCGUAAUUCAUAAAUGAUUUACGCCAAUUUUCUAUUGUCACUCGCCUGUAAACGAUAAUUUACAUCCAUGUUAACGAGACAUCAUGUGUAUUUGAUGGUUGACAAACCUGACAACAUAUAGGAGAUAUGUUUCACAAGCUACGCCACAACAGCAGAUGUUACAAAACACAAGUUACUGCACCAGUUGUCAAAGUUCGACAAUUGGAUCACCUAUGCUAUCGUGUUAGAGAAUUUCCCGUGUUGCCCCCUAUUGUUUGACAUCCAGGUUAAUGGUUCGUCGUUUUUAUUUCAUGACAAAC